UCAUAUGUUUAUGUCAAUUUUCUAUACAGAAGAGUAAUAUUUAUUCAAUAUUUAUUGUCAUCACCACUGGCGUAGGAACCGGGGGGGACGGGGGGGACGUGUCCCCCUCAAUAUUGGAAAAUGCUGCAUGUGUCCCACCCAAAAAUUAGCCUAUACACCGCAGGAACAAAAACUGUACAUUUUGAACUUUUAUUUUGAAUACGCGACGAAGAAGAUAUUCGGUUUUGUCAGUCAAACCCAGAGUGAUUUCAUUCAUGUUUGAAUAAUCACCAUUCGCCAAUCACCAGCUUCAUAUUCUUCACUUUUCACCUAUAGUCGGACUCGGAGCAUCUGAUUGGUAGAGAGAAGUCAACAUUACACUACGAACAUUCAAAUACGUUAUUGGUGCGCACCAGCUUUGAACGACUCGACUUUGUAUGAGCAUAAUGCCACCACAGAAAAAAAUAAAACCAAAGGAAAUAACGUUGCUGAAGUUUUUUACAAAGAGUAAGGAGAAGGCUGGUAUUAUCAGGAAAGAGGCAGGUGAGGAAGGAGUGGCACAUGAAGUAACAGGUGGAGGUUGUGAGGAGAGCCAUGAUGCAGCCAUGGACGAGACAAAAGGAGAGGCAGGUGGCACAGCAGGGUGUGAGGAGCAGGAAGGCAGCAGCAGUAUGGAGACAGGAGAGGAUGGUACAGGGCCUGAGGAAGAUCAUCAAAUGGUUGAGACAGGCAGAAAAAGAAAGAGAGAGAGAGAGAGAGAAGCAGAAACAGACCGACAGGGAGUUCAGAGCAUGCAUGACAGAGGCAGAAACAGGGACAGAGAGUUGAGUGACAUUGAAGAUUCAAGUCAGAGGAUAGAGCCAUAUCAGCCACACCCAAAAUGUAUACCGACUCAAGUGCUGUCUAAUAGAGUUUUACAUUUCCAAGAGAAGUGGUACAGCCAAUUUCCCUGGCUGCAUUAUGAUGCAUUGAAACAAGGGGUUUUGUGUUUCUAUUGCAAAAAAGUGUAUCAAGAAAAACCCACACCCUUUGCAGCAAAAGCAGAGCCUGCCUUUAUAAAUACAGGAUUUAAAAAUUGGAAAAAAGCGAUUGAAAAAUUUAAAGCACAUGCAAGUAGUCAUACACACUGUCAUGCUGUCUCUGUGACUGCACAAGAAAAUCAUCCUGUAGAUGCCCAAUUGUCCAGUGCUUUGGCAAAGCAACAAGCAGACAAUAGGCACUGUCUUGAGAAAAUAGUAAGUUCUAUCAAAUAUUUAGCACGACAGGGACUGGCCUUGAGAGGGCAUGAGGAUGAAAAUAGUAAUUUGUAUCAGCUCUUGAAAGACAAAGCAGAGGAUGAUGUCCUUUUAGACAAAUGGUUGCAGAGGUCCCAAAAAGAAUACAUUAGCCCAGAGAUCCAGAAUGAAAUUCUGUCCAAAAUGAGCAACAGCAUUGUUCGUGGAAUAGCUGACACAAUCAGGAAUCUACCCAUUCUUCAGUAUGCAAUUAUCAUUGAUGGAACACAAGACAUAUCUGGGCAAGAACAAGAAAGCAUAUGCCUGCGUUAUGUUGACAAUGACCUGAUUCCCCAUGAAGAUUUCAUAGGUUUGUUCGGUGUCUCAGAUACAACAGGAAGGAGUCUUGCUGACGUUGCAAAGGAUGUGCUGCUGAGAUUAAAUUUACCAAUCCAUGGUUUACGAGGUCAAACUUAUGAUGGGGCUGCUAAUAUGUCCGGCAAGCACUUUGGGGCACAGGCACUGAUAAAACAAGAGCAACCACUAGCACUCUAUGUUCACUGUGGUGCCCACUGUACUAAUUUAAUAGCACAGAAAGCUUGCUUAGCCUCCAGUUUAAUCAGAGACUCCUUGGAUUGGGUCCACCAGUUGGGAGUCCUGUUCUCUCAGUCAGGGAAGUUUAAAGCAAUUCAUGCUGCGAUUGCACAUGCUGAGAAUACAUGUUACACCAAAAUAAAACCACUCUGUCCAACAAGAUGGACGGUACGGAACAAAGCCAUCACAGCUGUUUUAUCACAGUAUGGAUCAGUGCUUGCUGCCUUGGAGGAGAUGGCUUCUGGUGCCUCAAACACAGCAUCUACUGCUAAUGGCUUGCUAGGUCAGUUUCGUAAAGGCAAAACAGUGUUAGGUCUAAAACUUGCCUUACCAGUGAUUCAUGAGCUUGAAUGCCUGAACAUCUCUUUUCAGAAGAGAACUGCUACAGUUGCAGGCAUGAAGGCUGCUGUUGAAGUUGUCAGGACCUCACUCAUGGCCAAAAGAAAUGAGGCAAGCUUCCAAACUUUGUUUGAAGAGGCGAUGGCCAUGGUUCAGUCUUUAGGUAUUAAGCCCAUUACAAUUCCACAGAGCAGACCACCUCCAAAAUGCUUCACUGGAGGAGCUGAAGCACAUCAGCCUAAGUCUGCAAAGGACCACUACAGAGUGGAAUUCUUUAAAGUCCUAGAUACUGUAGAUGCACAGUUCACUGAGCGGUUUGGCCAGGAUGAUUUGCUGACUUUGCAAAAAUUGGAAGAGACACUUCUGAGUGGAGAGGUUGAUGCUCCAGUGAUUGAUAAAUAUUCAGAGUUGAACAGAGAGUCACUUUCAGUCCAGCUUUCUAUGUUCCGAUUGAACUACUCAUUUAGUAACAGUGCAGAAGCUGCAGGGAUCAUUCGUGGAUUGCCUGUAGAGGUACGUGGAUUAUUUGGGCAAGUGGAAACCCUGGUCAGGUUGCUUUUGGUAGUCCCUGUUUCUUCCUCUGAGGCAGAGAGAAGUUUUAGUGCCCUCCGCAGGCUUAAGACUUGGCUCCGCUCUACAAUGACUCAAAACAGACUUAACCAUGUUUCUGUCUGUCAUAUCCAUCAGGAUAAACUGGACUUGUUGGACGAAAAGUCCAUUUGCAAGCAAUUUAUUGCUUUGAAUGACAAGAGAAAAAAAAAUUUUGGCUUUCUAGCCUAAGCAAUAGGGCAUGCCUAAGGCACCAUUUACCUCACCCCCUGAAGAGCAGAACAGGAGGAUUUUAGAAGAGCAAGAGAAUGACAGACAGAUUUAAAGAUCUUCCUAUGAGUUUGUAGUCUUCAGGAUGUUUCUAUGGAGCUUUGAGAACAAAAUACUGAUACCAAACUAAAGUGGGACAUUGUCUGGGGGGAAGGAGCAUGGGGAGCAGGUGGGGCACUGGCAUUAGAGGGGAAUAUUAGACUUAAGCAUCAAUUUCAUUAGCUUCAUAGUCAGCUUAGAUAAUAAGCUUUGUUUUACUGUUAUAAACUUUUUAAUAGAAAAGUAAAAUGUUAUUGAUAUAGAUAAUAAUGAUAGUUCUAGUUCCAAGUGCCUAUAUCCAAAGCCGUAUGUGACUGUUGUGUUUUUGUAUUUUUUUGGGGUUACAAAUCAAAUAUUUGCCUUGUAAAGUGCCCCUUUCCUUUCUGCCCACAAUUGCAGGGGGGCUUGUACACUUUUAUGUUUCCCAACUUCAAUAUUUGUGUAAUAAUAAAUAGAUAAAUUAAACAGAUGAACAGAUGAUAAACAGAUGAUUUUGUUUAUUUAUUUUGCUGUUAUUUCAUAUAUGUCGUACCACGUGACGUCACCAUACUGUAUGUUACUAUUAUGGUGGCGAGAUGGACGUUGAUUCAUAAUGGCCAAAAUGUCCCCCCCAAUGUCAAAGUGGUUCCUACGCCCCUGGUCAUCACUGUGAGCGCUGGAUACUGUGUUUUCAGUUCAUACUUGCAGCUGGAGGGCGCUCUGUACACUUUUAGUCCACAAAUAUAUCAGUAAAAGAAGAACAGGUCAUGUGACAUUCCAGGAACUAACAGA